AUGAACCCGUCUUCGGUACUCAUGCCAAAGGCUACGGCUAUUCCCGGCUAUAUCCUUCGAACCUCGCGACAAUGCUCGAAACAAAACCAGACAGCUGGAGUUAGAGCCUCCGUCCCAGCGCGUCAAUAUCAUGUCACCACCGUCCACUCACCCGUGAGACGUCGUCGGGAUAGUAUUUCCAUGAAGAAACGUCCAGACUACAUCCAAACUAGGAGCUUUCAUGUUACGAAUGUACUUGCGGCCGUUGCCGACCCGUACAAAGUCCUAGGGGUCGACAAAGGCGCUUCCGCAGGCGAUAUCAAAAAGGCGUACUAUGGAAUGGCCAAAAAAUACCACCCCGAUACCAACAAGGAUGAAAACGCCAAGGAGAAGUUUGCGGAGGCGCAAACUGCCUAUGAGUUACUCUCGGAUCAAAAGAAGCGUGAGACUUUUGAUAGAUACGGGUCAGCUGCGUUUGAUCAAAAUGGCGGCUUCGACCCGAGCGCCGGUGCAGGCGCGGGAGGCAACCCGUUCGCUGGUGGGGGAGGCUUCCACGGGUUUGGCGGUGGCUUUGGAGGUGGUUUCCCUGGUGGUUUUGCGGCGGAUAUCAACUUCGAGGAUCUCUUUGGAGCUUUCGCGGGUGGCGCACGUCGUUCUGGCCGGGGUAGACGGGGUCCGUUCCAGGAAGUACUAGUCGGUGAGGAUAUUGAGGUUCAGUCCAGCAUAUCAUUCAUGGAAGCGGCCAAGGGUACAUCACGGGACGUCGUUAUUACCCCUCUGAAAGAGUGCGGCACCUGUAACGGCGAUGGUUUGAAACAGGGUGCGAAACGUACACAAUGUCGCCAAUGCAACGGUACCGGAACUCGGGUACAUAUGCUGCAAGGAGGCUUCCAGGUAGCGGCUACCUGUGAUGCCUGUGGGGGAGCGGGACUUAUCGUUCCACGAGGCUCACAAUGCGGUUCAUGCCAUGGAAACGGAGUGGUCCGCGACCGAAGGACUGUCCGGGUCGAUAUUCCCGGUGGUGUUGAAGAUGGCAUGCGACUAAGGAUAUCCGGAGAGGGUGAUGCGCCUCCUACCGGAACGGCAGCUGCCCCCGGCGCUAAGACACAGCGAGGUGAUCUCUAUGUUUCCAUUCGGGUUUCUCCUGACGAACGGUUCAGUCGUGCCGGAUCCGACAUCCUUUACACCGCAUCAAUCCCUCUUACUACGGCACUUCUUGGUGGCGAAGUGACAGUACCCACCCUCGAUGGGCACGUCAAAGUAAAGGUUGCGACGGGAACUGGGACUGGCGACCGGAUUACACUUUCAGGAAUGGGCAUGAAGAAACUAACUGGCCGAUCUCGCGGCUUCAACCCGACCGGUGACCUGAAGGUUGAGUUCAAGGUUGCGAUGCCCAAGUACCUGACAGGCAACCAGCGCACUAUCCUUGAAGUUCUUGCCGAUGAAAUGAAUGAUAAGACUGCCAAGCGGGUCAUGGACAUUCCAAGGGACGGUGGUGCUCCUCCAUCAUCCGAUGAGUCUUCCGGAGAGACGGCCAAGAACGAAGGAUUUCUGAAAUCCGCAUGGCACAAGCUCAUGAGCCAUAAGAAGCCGGCCGAAUCAGAGAAACCCAGCGAAGAAUCGUCUAAAAAGGACUCUGAAUCCUCGACCGAUAGCAGCAACAAAAGCGAAAACGACAAGAAGUCCGGCUCGACUUGA